AUGGUUCUUUUCUUUUGGCUUGUUACUACAAACCCUUUGGUGGAAGCCAAGAUUCUUGAAGAGAUCAAACAAGGAAAGGAAGUGAAAGAUCAAUUAUAUCUCCACGGUGCUCUCUGCGAAGCUUUGAGGUUGUAUCCACCCAUACCCAUAGUACGAAGGCAAGCAAUCAAACAGGACAAACUUCCCAGUGGACACGAGGUUGGUCCUAAUACUGUGAUACUAUUAUCUUUGUAUGCCAUGGGAAGGUGUGCAGAGAUAUGGGGAAAAGAUUGCUUGGAAUUCAAGCCUGAGAGGUGGAUCUCAGAGAAAGGAGGCUUUCUUCAGAUGGUGGCUACUGCUAUCUUAAGGAAUUAUCAAGUCAGUGUGGUAAGAGAUCAUCCUGUUACUCUUGCAGUUUCAAUAUUGCUUAAGAUGAAGCAUGGCCUCAAAGUGUUAAAUUCUCUAGGAUGUUACAUGAAAUCCAACAAGAUUGAAGAAGAUGAAGAAUACUCAAAGAUUAGAGGUAAAUCUUCAAUAUCUACAAAGGUCAUCGAUGAUGACGAUGAUGAUGAAGACCAAGAUUGA